GGGUGGCCGCGCGGCGUCGAACGGCCCCGGUUUUCACACCCGCAAGCGUCGCGCCCCGGCUGGGAGGGCAGCGGACCCGGGCGCCCGGUACCCGGGGCUGCGUUUUCCCCGGCUCCUCCUGUGCCCUGCUAAUGCCCGAGCGCACGGAGCAGCUUUUGGGGCCACCGACGCUUGCAGUCGAGUGAGACUCCUCGCUCGAUGCUUUCCCGUCCCGAGACGUCCCCGUUGCACGGCGAGGAGGUGCAGCAGGAGGGUCCGACCCGCCGGGGACAGAGGGACCCCCCCUUCUCGACGCCGCACGGAGCUGCCGGCGAUGGAGCAAAACCCGCCGCUGCCCUCGGAGGGAUGUGCCCGGGGCUUCGGUGGCCGCGCGGGAGCUGCCGCAGCCCCAGAGCCCCUCUGCCCCAAAGCCUCGGCAGCGCCCGGGGCUGGCGGCAUCCGCGUCGCCGUCCCUCUCCCGGGCUGGGAGCGUCCCACUGCUCCGGGCGGUACGAUCCCUCCGGCGAUACCUGAAGGGGCGCUGGAUCUGCUGAAGUCGCUGACCGGCUACACGAUGACCAUCCAGCUGCUCCAGACCACGCGCAUCGGGGUGGCCGUCAACUCGGUGCGGAAGCACUGCUCGGAUGAAGAGGUGGUGGCCUCGGCCAAAAUCCUCAUCAAGAACUGGAAGCGGCUGCUGGAGUCCUCGGCCCCCGCAAAGAAGGAGAAGGACGCGGAAGGGGAGAAGGAGAAGAAGGAGAAGGAGAAAAGGCUGGACUUUCCCAGCUGGUCCAGCGAAGGGGUGAAUUUGCACCCGGCGAAACGGGGCAAGAGCCCGGCCGAGAAGCCCCGGGAGAAGCCCCGGGAGAGGAAGCCCGGCAAGCCCAGCUCGCACUCGGCCAACGCCAAGGGCCACUCCGCCGACGCAAGCGCGGAGAGGACCCCCCCGGCAUCCUCGAAAAAGUCACCUCCGGACAGCAAGAAGGAGAGGAGAGACUCUGCAGACUCGAGGUGCUCCGCCGCCAUCUCCUCCUCUUCCUCCCCGCAGAAGAGGCCGUCGGGGGAGAGGAGAGCCUCCGCGGGCUCCAGCCCCUCGCCAGCUCCCGCCGGCGCCCGGAGAAACUCCAGCGACAGCAAGGAGGAGAGAGCCAACAGCAGCAAGGCCAAAGCGGAGCCGCCGCGGACCCCCACCAGCCCCUCCUUCUCGCCCGCCAUCUGCCUCCUGCCCCCCUGCUACCUCACGGGCGACUCGGUGCGGGACAAGUGCGUCGAGAUGCUCACGGCAGCCCUGCGCAUGGAUGACGACUACAAGGAGUUUGGUGUCAACUGCGAGAAGAUGGCCUCCGAGAUCGAAGACCAUAUCUUCCAGGAGCUGAAGAGCACAGACAUGAAGUACCGCAAUCGGGUGAGGAGCAGGAUCAGCAACCUGAAGGACCCCAAGAACCCCAACCUGCGGAGGAACGUGCUGUGUGGGGCCAUUGCGCCCAGACUCAUUGCCCGGAUGACCGCGGAGGAGAUGGCCAGCGACGAGCUGAAGGAGCUGAGGAACGCCAUGACCCAGGAGGCCAUCCGGGAGCAUCAGAUGGCCAAGACGGGCGGCACCGUCACUGACCUCUUCCAGUGCGGCAAGUGCAAGAAGAAGAACUGCACCUACAACCAGGUGCAGACGCGGAGCGCUGACGAGCCCAUGACGACCUUCGUGCUGUGUAACGAGUGCGGGAACCGCUGGAAGUUCUGCUGACGGCACUCGCCUUGGCCGGCGGCUGGAGAUGCGACGAGAGAGGGGACACUGUGCCGGGCCGGGUCUGGCACCGGGGGGUGCCAGGAACCCCCGGGAAAUGGGCACAGCCCUGCAAAGGGGGCUGCUCUGACCUGGCUUGCAGAGGGGGCAGCUUGGGGGGAGCCUGGACUUGAGCAAUUUGGGGGCAGGAGAGACGUUCCCCUGUGGCCCUGGGGUCGUGUUCACUGUCUAAGGGGGCCGGGGGUGGGAAAGGGCCAGGCUUUGCCCCAGGAUCCUCCUCCCCCCUUUCCUAAACGCACAUGGUGGGAGAGCCGAGAGGGAGGCAGGGCGCUUGCAGCACGUCCGGACACUGGUGGGACGUCACCGCUGUCCCUCUGCUCCGUGGCACGUCAGCCGGCCGGCCUGGCUCGAGGGAACUGUGUCCCCGGGAAGGAGAAGGGAUGUGGGGAGAGAAGUGGGAAGAAAACCUCCAGCUAGAGCAAUAAAGGUGCACAACAUC